GCUCGGACGACGCAGCGACUCGAUUCGCGCAAUCGUGCAAGCCUCGUUCGCGUAUGAAUAAAUAUCGAUAAAGGUAAUUAACGACUGUGACGCAACAAGUUGGCGAGAGUUGACCCGCGAGUGAGCGGUGUCCGAUUGCGAUGAUCGUGAUCGACAAGGAUCGAGAGCAGAAAAGCACCGGCAGACGCAUGACAUGGAACUUCCGGUUUCCAUCAAUGGGCACUCUGCAAAACCUAGGCGCCAGUGGCCGUCGUCGAAAAAGGAACGGCAUACACUCUUCAGCCUCUUGUAAGGAUCUCUACCAGAAACGACAUACGAUCCACCUACAACCGGAAGUAAUUAUUCAGAAGGAGCCGUCUAUCAUCGGGACGCCACUGUCGCCCGAAGAUCUGACCGAAGAAAGUCGAAGGUCGUCGGAGGUAAAGACUGAAGUGGCGGAGGAGGAGGCGGCGGUGGACAUAAGGGAGCACCGCGACGCGUGUUCCAGGGAAUCUGUUGCGAAAAGGGUUGACAGCAACGACUACUCGAAUUUACCGAUGGAGCCACCGGAGGAGUCGACGCGUAAACUCUUGGAGCGAGAACUCCGACUUUUGGAUCCUAGGGAUCUGAGAUCUCACGCUUGGUACCAUGGUAGCACGCUUCGUGGUGGUAGAAAAGGCGCCGAAGCGGAAGUGCCCAACGAUGGUGACUUUCUGGUUCGCGAUUGUGCCUCCCAACCUGGAAACUACGUCCUCACGGUUCGGUGGAAGGGUCAGCCCCUUCACUUCGUCAUCAACAGGGUCGUCAUCCAACCAGAGACGGUGUACGAGAGGGCGCAGUACCAGUUCGAGGACGAGGCGUUCGAUACUGUCGCCGACUUGAUAACCUUCUACGUCGGCAGCGGUAGGCCAAUAAGUCAAGCGAGCGGUGCCCGCAUAAUCACCCCGAAGCCUCGAUGCGUUCCUUUGACCUGUGUCCCAGGACCCACGAACAGUCAGCACUGUUCCAGCCCCUCCUCUUCGUCCUUGUCAACUGGCUCUCCGCCCCGUCUGCCUCGCAAGCAGCAGCGCAGCCAUUCCCUGACCGCUCAGCAUCAUCCCUCGGAUCAGUACGACGGUCGUCAACCCUCGAAUCAACAGCCACUACCUCACGUACCAGUUCAGUCCAGUACACUGCCACGUGUACCGCCCAUACAAAAUCAGCCACCAUCGUGUUCCCUGUCUCUGGGUCGUCAGAAGAUCACUAGGGUGAUCUCCGACCCAGCUCUUCAACAGCAACAGCAACCGAUCCAUCAGCCGUCUAGCUUGAACCAUCAGAACUCUCUGAGCGCGGCACCUCCAAAGCCUCCUAGGGUGCCCUACGUUCCGAAUCAUCAGCAUCACACUAUCCAUCAUCAUCACCAUCACCAUCACCAUCACCAGGGCUACCAGGCGUCGGGUAGCGACAGUGGCAACGGCUCGGGAGACAGCGAGUUCGAGACAAACAACUCUGGCGGCACUAGUAACCCUUCCUCUUCCGUUCCCAUCAAAGGAGUCGUCAUCAGGAGCCACUACACCACCAGCAACGACGGUACCAAUGGGAACAACGGCAACGAGUACGAACUGUCCGCCGAAGAACAGCUGGUGGUGGCCGCGCCAUCCAUGGAGAUCGCCACAUCGUUGGAUAUCGAGGGGUUCACCACCCUCCUGUUACCAACUGGCGAUCACAGACCUCUGGAUCCUACCGCGUUGAGAGGAGUGUCUGGAAUGCUUCUCGACUCGGCUCCGAGAGUCUUAGCCUCGCAUUUAACGAAGAUAGACUUGGAGUUGGCUCUUCAGCCUGGACCAGGGAAUAGAAACGGAUUGAGUGGUAUCGAGCUGGCUACCCUGCCUCACGGCAGACAGGCCAGGAUGGACCUGAUCGAGCGUUCGGAGUGCUUGAAGCUGUUGGUAGCGGUGACAGUGCUGGCUGGAGCCACCGCGAUCGAAAGGGCUGGCACCAUCAGCAAAUGGAUCAAAGUGGCCAUCGACACUAAGACGGCACUGGGAAAUCUGUACGGAUUCUGCGGCGUGAUGCUAGGUUUGUGCUUGCCUCAGAUUCAGAGGCUGGCGAACACGUGGCAUUUGCUGAGACAAAAGCACACAGACGAGGCGUUCAGCUUCGAGGCGAAGCUGAGGCCCACUCUGCGUGCCAUGAACGAGUGCACCAACCCUCAGGCGCCCAACACCACUCUGCCGCAUUUACUGCCCAUCGCGUUGCUGGGGGAACGCGGCCCCGAGGAUGUGCUAGGCACGGUGGCUCCAUCAGGCCUCGCAGCAGCGAUCCUGUCGCCCUGGGAAAAUUCCGCUCCAGACUGCGGCCUGUCGAUAGUCUGGUCGCAUUUGGAAACGGCGCGUAGGAUGGCUGAAAAUCUGCCGUUGUUUCGCAGAAACGCGGAGAUCGUUUUGGAGGGUUCGAGAAGCGACGAGUUACUGUCAGACGCGUUUCGUACCGAGUUCCACAUAAAAUUCUUGUGGGGAAGUCGUGGUGCCACCGUGGCACCGGAAGAGAGACAUCUUAAGUUCACGCAGGUCCUCGACGCGAUGUACGACAAGUGCUCGUCGAGCGAGGUGAUGGCCUAAACGUUACGCGACCAAAGGACAGAUUAUUUCAGGCGCGGAUUGUUCCUUCAUUUUUAGAACGAGUUGUUUGAAGAGCCUGGACGAGAAAAGAAGGGACCCGAACGAAUUUACUUUUCACUUACAUUUUACGUGCACGUGUAAAUUAUGGUUAUGUAAUUAUGUAAUUAAAUCGUUGUAAUUAAUUGUAAUUUCUACGAUAAGUACGGAUAAGUAUAGUUUAUUUGAGCGAAGUUUGAUCGCGGUGAAUGUUAUUUAAACGACCAUGUGUUUUCCGAUUUGAUACGCCGCGUUACGCGAUCGGGGCCAUUUUGCACAAUUUUCACGAGAAGCGGACUGCGUUCGCAUUUAUAGCAAUUUUUUCGUAUCGUAACCCGUAGAAGAGCUCGUCGAACGUGAUUCUUCGCGACGAACGACACCAUUUUUUCUCGAAUAGAGAGUAGUGGCAACGAAACGAGUGCCGCGUCGAGAAACAAACAAUCAAAAGAAUAGCAUUAACGGCGACUGGACGUAUAAUCGUAAAUGUAACGAUGAAACGUGUCAUAUUUAGCGGAGUAACGAUUCCUGGCUGUAUCGGGAUAUGUUACUCUAUUAACGACCCGUAUUUAUUGUCUCGCAACGACUGGCGACGAUAUAAUAAUCAAAUCAUGUUGAACUGUCAUGUACUUAAUUCUAACUGAUCCUAUAUUCGGCCAAUAAUAUGUUGUAAAUGUUGUUCACGUUUGUUCACACUUAAUAAUAUACGAGAACGAAAAUCAA